UCGCUUUUUUCCUAUUCACACAUUGCACAAACGAAAGUCUCAGCUCUCGACAUCGAACUCCCAGGUAUACACAAAAAUGUCAACCGGAUAUCUGAUUUCAUUGCAGCCAAUCAUCUUAUUUCAGGGUAUCACGUCCAUCCGACCUGUGUGCUCUCUAAUUCGCCGUCUAACCAUUUAUUGUCUUGGACUUCCUGUGGCACCUACGAAUCCCCAGCCGAAAACAAGCUAUGUACCGUGCUUUUUUACUGAUUUUUAAUCUGUUACCUUUACCUUCAGUGCCAUGCUAGGCAACACAUAUGCAUCGAACCUUGACAUAAAAUACAGUAGGUCCUACGAAUGUCCUACGUUCUAAGCGGAACAGUAUUUCAAACAUCGCCUAUAUCAUCGGACAAGUUAUCCCUCACGGCCCAGGGCCGUCAUCAAGUAACUAAGCAUGCGUUCAUGUCGAGGAGAUGGUAUGCCAGCCGUAAUACGAGUGCAUUGACGUGGACGGGCUUUAAGUGAGGAACUCAAUUCAAUCUGACGUGUUGACUUUGUCAUAGCACACUUACAUUUAUUUGACAUGACGAGAUAAACUUAUUUCAUUUUCGCAAAAUCGUUGCAGCAAACGACGUCGGGGUUGGGAUGUGCACCCACACUGAAUAAUAGAACUGAGGGUAGACACUGAAAGAAUUUUUAGAAACAUCCGAUUCAUUUUACAAGUACUCGUUAUAUCGAUGCUAC